AUGGCCCUAAGUGUCCUGAGUGAAGACUCUGUCCAGCUUGAGGAAGUCUUCCAGGAGGAGAGAUCAGCUAGUUCAGGGGAACCUCAAAACAACAGGAGCUGAUAAAGCUGACGAUGUCUGAAGAUACCACACAGGUCUUUUCGGGCAGGAGACCUCUGCCACCCAAUAAUUCUAAUGGAGAAGAGAAUGAGCUCCCCACCACGGAGAUUGUGGGCCUCUUGCCCAGGGGAACUACAGACUAUCUGAAAGUCAUGAAUGUCCACCUCUUCAAAGACUCCUGGGAUACCAACAAGGUGGAGCAUCACACAGACCGAUAUGACAGUGAAAAGUUGAUCGUACGCCGAGGGCAGCCUUUCUAUGUCCAAAUUGACUUUCAUCGCCCUUAUGAUCCCAAAAAGGAUGUCUUCAGACUGGAAUACGUCAUUGGUCGCUACCCUCAGGAAAAUAAAGGGACCUACAUUCCUGUUCCCAUCGUGUCAGAGUUUCGAAGUGGAAAGUGGGGAGCAAAGAUAAUUUUGAAAGAGGACCGGUCUGUCCGCCUGUCUGUCCAAUCCUCCCCAAAGUGCAUUGUGGGGAAGUUCCGCAUGUAUAUUGCCGUCUGGACACCCUAUGGCAUCUUCCGAACAAACAGAAAUCCAGCAACUGACACUUACAUUCUCUUCAAUCCUUGGUGUGAAGAGGAUGCUGUGUAUCUGGAUAAUGACAAGGAAAGGGAAGAGUAUGUCCUGAAUGACCUUGGCAUUAUUUUCCAUGGAAACUUCAAUGACAUAAAAACUAGGAGCUGGAACUAUGGUCAGUUUGAAGAUGGCAUCCUGGAUGCUUGCCUAUUCGUAAUGGACAAAGCACAAAUGGAUCUCUCUGGACGAGGGAACCCAGUGAAAAUCAGUCGUGUUGCAUCUGCAAUGAUCAAUGCCAAAGAUGAUCAAGGCGUUAUUGUUGGAUCCUGGGACAAUCUAUAUGCCUAUGGAGUUCCUCCUUCUGCCUGGACUGGGAGUGUUGAUAUCCUGUUGGAAUAUCAUAGUUCUGGGAAUCCAGUACAGUAUGGUCAGUGCUGGGUUUUUGCUGGUGUCCUCAAUACUUGUUUGCCCCUGCCCCUGCCCCUGCCCCGAGGAGGGCUCAUGACAUCUAGCCUAGAAAUUCCCGUGCUCUGCAGUUUAGUUGAGAAAGCAACAGGCCCUCUUUCUGGCUUCAUUCUUUCACGUGUUUGCUUUUCCUCCUGGCCAGUUACAAACGAGGAGGUGCAAAUCAAAGCUGGUGAGUACAUGGGCCAGCUGCUGGAACAGGCCUCACUUCAUUUCUUCGUCUCCGCUCGGAUCAAUGAGACCAACAAGGUUCUUGCCAUGCAGAAAUCAACUGUGCUGCAUAUCCCCACAGUGAACCUCCAGGUUCAAGGACAAAAAGUAGUUGGUUCAGACAUGGUUGUUAGAGUAGAAUUCACCAACCCACUGAAAGAAACACUGUACAAUAUCUGGAUACAUCUUGAUGGACCUGGAGUAAUAAAACCAAUCAGGAAAAUGUUUCGUGAACUUCCACCCAAUUCUACCUUGACGUGGGAAGAAGUAUGUCGGCCCUGGGUCCCUGGCUCACGCAAACUGAUGGCUACGCUGAACUGUGAUGCCUUGAGACACGUGUAUGGGGAGCUUCAGCUAAAGAUUCAGAAGAGGCAAUAGAUGUAAACCUGUAAGGGAGAAGGUGGAAACAGCUUCUCCAUGCCUUGGUUAAGACAUUCUGAUGCAAAGAUAGGCCAGCUCUUAUUUUAUCUAGGUGCUAGCACAUUACACAUUCCAGAAGGCAAGGUCAAGAAGGAAAAGGGCUGAGAUGCAUUCGACAUCCACCGAGAAGCUCUCUACCACACUUUUCCAAAUUCCACCUCCUCAAUCUGAAGGUGCGAGCAGACAGACUGGAGAGAUGUUGCAUAAUUCCAGCUUCUAAAAUGUUCUGAGCAUUUGCUUUAAUUAAGCUCUAAUUAAGCUCUAAUAGCUCAUCAAACUAAAAGUUAUCACUUAUCAUGGCAAAUGGCUCAGAUUCCAUUAAUCAGAGGGAUUUUCUGACCCAAGUAAUUUGCCCAUGACCCGAUUUGAUUUCAGACAAGAUUUCCAGUGCCCAGGGAAAUAAAUCUACAAAUGAACAGAGAAAGACCCUCCAAAAAGACCCCCCCCACCUUGAUCCAAGUCCUUUUUUUUUUGUGCUUUUGGCCCAUGAAUGUUUCUGACCACACACCCUCCCACAGGUCACAGCUGUAUUCUCUAUAUGGGUUAUGGGAGGGGAAGGCCUUUCCAAAAGUCUCAGAGGAACUGCCUGCCAAAUUUCACAGAUUGACUGUGUGAAAAGAUGUGGCCCCAUCUUAACAAACUACAUUUAUGAGGGAUGUAAUCACCUAGAAGAUGAGGAAGCAAGGAUACCACUCAGCCCUUUAAAAAUAAGACAGCUUUAUGGUGCCUUUGAUAGGAGAUGUCAGACUGUGGCCUCAUGCACAGGAGCCUUUUAGCUCCUAGAGUUAAUGAAGUAUGGCUAUAAAGUACUAAGACAGAUUUGUGUAGUGUGUAGAAUCUGUCUCACUACUUUAAAUUCACACUUUGCCUAUGUCUCCUGAAUCAUUCGCCUCCCCCAAAAUUCAGGCCCUAGAAAUCCCUUAGAGUCAAGUCAACUAGGCUGAUGCUGUGGAGGAAGGGGUGAGUUUGGUGGCUGAGCAUAGAUGGAGGAUUGAUACCUACUAAAUCUCUCCAGACACCUCUGUCUUUCAUGCAGUAACCUCUGCUUGUACUGAGGUGCUGGAAACUUAGAUUUACUCAGUCUUGGAAAUGGCCGCUAGCUCUGUGAUGCUUUCAGGCAAAUGGUAAAAAAAUGUUGCAUUCAUUCAUUUUAUUACCUGAGAGGAAUGGUACAAUUGGGCCAGUGCUUAUUUGUGAUGCUGGUUUAUGUUAAAAGUCUACUAAAAUGCCCAAGAGAAUAGUCUAGAUUAGCAGACUGUGAUUCUUAGUAAAGCUGUACAGAAGGAUAGAGAAGGGAGGUGGAGGGGUCAGAGAGGAUAGAAUUGCAUGCUCAGGUACAUACGGCCACCAUUGGUGGAAAAUUGGGCCUUGGAUGCCCUUCCCGGGCACCUAGACAUUCGUCCUAUAAGAGUGUUAAUUAAUCAAUGCUAAAGUUUUUUUUUUUUAAUCACUUCUAUUAAGUAGUCUCAAGAGCUUCUGCUGAAUCUUUCGGUAACCAAGUUUCUAAAAGUUUCUGCUAUACUAUAAACCACCUUGACUUUGUAUGCUUUUAUUCAUUUGCAUAUUCGAAUUAACCAAAAUGUAAUGGAAACUUAAAAUAAAAUUCAUCCGAUUACACUUGCAUACAGCA